CGGGCGCCCCAGCCGCCGCCUGGGAGAACGAGCGGCGGGCCGAGGCGGUGCCGCUGCUUCCGGGAGUGCGAUGCCUUGAUCCUGGAAACUAUGUGAAGCAACACUCUUUCUGGAUUUUGAAAGACAUCAUUUCAUCAUGGGACAGCAAAUUUCGGAUCAGACGCAGUUGGUUAUUAACAAGUUACCAGAAAAAGUAGCAAAACAUGUCACAUUGGUUCGAGAAAGUGGCUUCUUAACUUAUGAAGAAUUUCUUGGAAGAGUAGCUGAACUUAAUGAUGUAACUGCUAAAGUGGCUUCUGGCCAGGAAAAACAUCUUCUUUUUGAGGUACAACCUGGGUCUGAUUCCUCUGCCUUUUGGAAAGUGAUUGUACGGGUGGUCUGUACCAAGAUUGACAAAAGUAGUGGCAUUGUGGAAGCAUCACGAAUCAUGAAUUUGUAUCAGUUUAUUCAACUGUAUAAAGACAUCACAAGUCAAGCAGCAGGAAUAUUGGCACAGAGCUCUACCUCUGAAGAAACUGAUGAAAACUCAUCCUCUGGAACAUCUUGUCAAGCUAGUCUUUGGAUGGGAAGGGUGAAGCAGCUGACCAAUGAGGAAGAAUGUUGUAUCUGUAUGGAUGGGCGAGCUGACCUCAUCCUGCCUUGUGCUCACAGCUUUUGUCAGAAGUGCAUUGAUAAAUGGAGUGAUCAACACAGGAAUUGCCCUAUUUGUCGCCUACAGAUGACUGGAGCAAAUGAAUCUUGGGUGGUAUCAGAUGCACCCACUGAAGAUGAUAUGGCUAACUAUAUUCUUAACAUGGCUGAUGAAGCAGGCCAGCCCCAUAGGCCAUGACUUUGGGGUGAAGGUUUUCUGUGGCUAUUAGGGGCUACAAAUACUUUGGUCAUAGGGGAAGAAUGAAGGGGUAUGGUGGCACAGACACAGAAAAAUCAAUUUUCCCCAUCCUCUUAUUUUUGCUUUUCUGACAACUUACCCAUUUUGAAAAUAAACGUUCCAUGUCUUCCGUUUAUGAUAUACUAAAAUUUGCUACUGUUUUAGAUCACGUUUUCCUAUUACUUAUCUGUUCUAAUGUGUAUUAGAACUAAUUGCUCUUGAAUCCUUUGCUAAGGUAAUGGCAGCAUUUCCAGAGACUUGUGAAACACUAUUCUUUUGCAGGGCAGGAGAAUUCUGGAAUUUUUUUAGUUAGGUUUAAAAUAAACCUUGAAUGUUAAAAAGUUAUAGCCAUCUGAGAGAGAAAAUUUUAAGUGACUAAAAAUGUAGAAUACAUCAAAGUGCAUGUUACUACUUAAAACUAGUCUUUCUACUGGAACCUAAGGAGUAUGUAUGCCCCCUUGUGAUUAAUUAUUGCUCCUUUAAUAAUUUUUACUUGAAGUGAUCCAUAAUUAUUUCAUCACUUUAGCAAAGUGUUUUACAACUACAUGUUUUUUACUUUAAAGUUUUGUUGGUUUUUUUUUCUUUUUUUUGGCCAAGCUGUAUAAUUUGGGUGAGGCCUAUAAAGUUGGGUGUGACUUUGCCUUGCAAGUGGAUUUCUACCAGGGAAUAUUCUUGGCUGUUCUGGAAAACACAAACAUCCAUAUGGAUAACUGUUCUAAAUGGCUUUUGAUAAUGCUUACACAUCUUGGUGUUUCAGAAGGAAAUUUUUCUACAUCACAAAUACUAAAUUUUAUAUUUCCAAAUUAUGAUAAGUCGUUCAGUAUUGGUUUAUGAUGUUUAAUUUCUUUACUUGAAGGCAUCUUUCAGAGGUUUCAAAGUCCUCAAAUUUCUUAGAUUCUAAGAGAGAACAAAAUAGGGAGAGGUUUUUCACCCUAUGUACAUAAAUAACCUCUGAAAAUUACAAGAUAACUUGGUUUUCUUACUAUUUCAUUGUACUUCCUUUGAAAUACCCUCAAAGAAAAUAGUAAUAAUGAAAUUAUGAUCUUCAGUAGCACCUCAACCAUUUUUUAAAAUUUUGCUUAUGAAGUAAAAUUUUUAACAUUAACAUUUCAGCAAUGUAAUAAAACUAGGGCCUGAAGUCUCCUUUAAAAAGUAUGUUUACAUUCCAUGUAACUUUUCUGACCUAUUAUUGGUAAAUUAGUAUACAAUUUAAGUUGCCACUUAUUAAUGACAGAAUUUUUGGAUAUUAGGGUUUUAAUAGGCAUGCAAAUAUAAUAAAAUCCAUAUGAAGGAAAAAUAUCUGAUGGAAGACAGCUUUAUUUUUCCCCCCAAAAAACCGAAGAUCAACAUUCAUGAUGGGGAUAACAAAGUAACAAAUAGCUAAAAUACUCACUACAGAUGUUUGCACAAGCAGAGUACUGGGGCUCUGUCAUAUCAACCUGGCAAUGUACUUGAUGGUUGUGAGACUUUAUCUGUGGUUUUCACACUGUUUCAAAAGUGGAACCUUUUUUUUUCCAAGUAAAAUCUUACACAGAACCUUUACACACAUGUGUGCAUGCACACACACACUGCCCCACCAUAUAAGUCAUAUUUUAUUAAUAUGUAUUUCCUUAUAUAAACUUUAUUAUAUACUAUAAUUAAAUAUUGUCAACCAGUAAAAAUAUAUAUUAAUGCAUUGGUGAUAUCCAAUAUAUUAGAAUUUGGCAAGUAACAAAUUUGUAUGAUGGGAGUUGUUUUUUUAAUUUUUUCAAAAAAAAUUUUUUUUAAUUAAAUUCAAGUCAAACUUGCAGGACCCUGAAUCUCUUCCAUAGACUCUUAGUAUUCCAUUGAACAUUUUUUGAAAACCUUAGGAUAGAUGAUCCUCUGAGAUCUUUUCCACCUCUAAUAUUUUAAGUUGUCCUUUUGGAUUAGACUUGAUGAGUUUAAUUCAAAUUGCCUAAUUUGAAAACGUUUUGAAAAUGAACAGAGUUGCUUUACAGAUUUUUGGAUCUUUCCAGGUAGAGCCAAUGAUUUUACCCCCCAGAAUCCUUCACCUUUCAAGGAAUUAUUUAACAGUGAGCCCAGUGACUUGAUAUUGCCCAAACCUUUUUAUUUUUACAGAAUAAGCUCCAAGACACUAACUGAUCUACUGUGAAAUAUAAAAUGUUUUUAUUAGCCUUAUCAAAUAAAUGAGCACAGUUCUUUGCCCACUGCAUUAAACUGGAUGAUAAUUCUUUAGAUGUAAAUAUUAGGUAAGUUCUACUGUAAUAACUAAUUGUAAAACUUGUAAAUUUGUUUAAUGGAUGCAAUGUACACUUAUUGUAUUCUGUACAGCUUUGUCUUUUUUGAAUAUGAAGUACUUAAAUGCACUAUGAUAGAAAAUAUGUGUGCCUUCUAGGAUUGUGAAAUGGUUUCAUGAAUUUUAAAGGAAUUUUUUUUAUAAGUUAUAAAGUUUUCCCAAUCCUAACUCAAUAACCAAGAGUUUACUCGUAAUGCUGUAGAACUUUAGUUUGAGAAAAUGAAUUUGACUGUGUACUGAAUUUAAAGGUUGAGAGUAAUAGUAUCUGCUUUAUUCUUAGGACAAACUGAUAAAUUGUGCAAUAAAUAAUCUUUAGCAAGUAAAUUUUAGCUAAUGAGUUUUUUUCUUAUCAUGUAAUUUCACAUUCUUAUACACUAAAUAUUUAUAUUCUUUAUAGAAGUAUUUUAUAUUGUGCUCUAGGGGUUGUGAUGUUUGUGCACUAUGUUUUAAAAUUUAUUUCAAAUUGGACUCAACUUUCUUACAUCCAAUAUAUGUCUGUGUAAUAUGUCUGCUUGAAAAUAUCUUUUGGUUCAGUGAUUUUUAACAUUAGGAAGUUGGAUUCAUUAAAAAGCAGUCGGAAGAA